AUGCUUCGCUCUGCGCCACCUCUCCCACGCGAACUGCUGCGCAGCAUCUUCCUGCAGGAGCUCUACGACGAGAGGGGUCCUGACUGGGCCGAGUUCAACGGGAAGAGGUUCUCCCUCGUUUGCCGCGACGGGGCGGCUCCCGGGCAGGAGUUGACGUUCUACCGGCCUGUGCUGGACUAUGGGCUGUCAUUCCGCUGGAAUCGCCCCGAAAAUCCGCUACAGCAGUUCGCGAAGCACCUUGCACGCUUCCCACACAUCGCCCACCUCGUCCGCGACCUUCGCCUCGAGUGCAUCAACGACAAGGCUGAGACGAAGGAGGCUCUGCGGACCAUCCUCCAGCGUUGCGAUCGCAUCACGGAGAUUUGCCUCCCUCUUGCAGAGCUCACGGUCCUGCAAAUCGGCAAUUCUGAGCGAUGGGACUUCUCCGUGCUUCUGAGAGCGCUGCCGCUUUGUGUCAAACUCCGCAGCCUCGCCCUUAGCGUCGCCCUUCCUGGCGAUCCUCCUUCCUCUUUUGCCGCAUCAGCGGUUGUACCCCUCUCACUCCGGACGCUGCUCCUCCAACGUACUCAUCGGCGAGAAUUCGCCUCUGUGCGCGCCGAGGCCUACUUCUACGGACAAAUUCCGCGCUACGCUUGCCCCAAGGCAUUGACGACACUCUCCAUCUCGCUACACGCCCAGAAUUUCGAGACGCUCUUGCGCUGGGUCAAGCAGUGCAGUAGCUUGCAGGACCUCGAGUUCUGCAUCGUUGAUGCCGAUCCCACGGACUUUGUCGAGAAGCAGACAAAGUCGGACAUGUGGGAAGCGGAGAACGACCGGUGCAGGACAGGACUCGGAGAGCUUGCCGCGCAUCUCUCACACUUCCUCGACACACUCCCUCCGACGCUCGUCGAACUCGAAGCCGCGUUCUGGGCGCCUGCCGGCGAUUGCAACGAUCUUGUCAAGACGUUCUUGCGGUCGCGGAGUCACGACUCGCCUCUCAGGAGGGUCAUCUUCGACGCCGAGGUCAAGAAGUUUGGUCGAGUGCGCCUCAAGGCAACCAAAUCGCACGAGUGGAUCGAACAAGGCGUUGAGAGCAAGACGGACUGGAACUUGACGUACAAGCACUGGGCUGGCUGCAGUUGCGGCGACUGGGACUACGGCUCGUGGACGCUCGAUGGUCCCGACGCAGCCGAGUACGAGGUAUCUGAUCCUUCGGUGGAGCUUGAAUGGUGA